UCUCCGAUGGGAGUGGCCGGGGGAAUAACGUCCGCUCCUCACUUUUCCCAUCGCAAAACAAACACACAUUAGCUUAUAACGCAGCCCGAUCAAAAACGAAACCUUUCGAAAAUGCUGUCUGUGAUUGUGAUAAUCCUGCUGCUUUUGGAGUCGACUUGGGGCUUUAUCAUCACAGUGGAUGCCCACGAGACGAUGUGCUUCUACGAUCACGCCCAUGUCAGCGAUAAGGUCACCCUGUCCUUUGAGGUCAUGGAUGGUGGCUUCAAGGACGUGGGCGUGGAGAUCUGGGGCCCCGGAGACGACCCUCUGCACCAUUCGGAGCAGGACACCACGGGCAGUUUCACCUUCACGGCCAUGAAAGAUGGCCAGUACAUGCUGUGCUUCGACAACAAAAUCUCCACGCUGACUCCCAAGGUCCUAAUGUUCCAGUUCCAUGUGGCUAGGGCCCUCGGAUACUACUCGGAUCCCUCGAAGAGAAGGGACGAUGUCGUCGAGCAGGCCAGAGUUCAGUCCAUGAUCAACGCACUGUCCGCCAAACUGGGAGCCGUGAAGAUGGAACAGGAAUACAUGCACUUCCGCUAUCGCGGGCACUUGGAUGUCAGUGAUAUGGUGCACUUUCGGGUCACGGCAUGGUCUGUAUUUGGACCCAUGAUGCUGCUCAUUAUGGCCAUCCUGGAGGUGUACUACCUGAAGCAUUUCUUCGAGGUCAAACAAGUUGUUUAGCCGCUCUCUCCUCGGAAUACUAUUUCUAAGACUGAUCAGAACCUUAUAUGGGACUUACUGCAUUUUAAAAGAUACAUAAUUCAAAAAAAUAUGGACUAAGCUUCCAACUCAUGGAAAUGAGUACAUAAGGAACCAUAGACUACAUUUCCUGAAAUGAAAUAUUUAAGUUAACCUUCACCUUUCCUUAUC